AUGGCCAACAACACAACCCCCUUCCACUAUGCCGAGCUGAGCGCUGCAGUCGAGACGGUUAUCACUGUUCUUCAUCGGUAUCAACGGGAGAACCGCAAUACGAACAUCAAAAUUGCGGUAAUAGGCGGACUGGCGGUCCGUCAUUAUCUUGGCCCUGGCCGCACGACUUUUGAUGCGGAUAUCCUUGUCGCCGGCCUUGACACGACCCAUGGCAUCAAGGAGCUGGUCAAAAGCAGUACGGCCAUCUUCUGCUCUGACCGCGCCGAGCUUCAAGUUGCCGUUCGUGGCUCAUCUAAGUCGGUUGACCUCAUACCAGAAAAGGUUCUUCGGCCUUUCGCAAACAUACCCCCUGGUUUCAUUCCCUCUUCAACCAUCCCCGUAACGGAUGCUGUCACUCCUGGACAGCUUCCGUACCUCAGCGAGCUGGACCUUCUCCUCACAAAAAUUGUCAGUUGUGGGGCCAGGUCAAAUGAUGACAAAAGCUCUUCUGACGGUGACGAUGCCGACAAUCUUGUGGUUCACUACCUAAACCUGCAUGGGGUCACGACGAUCCCAUUGACAUCGAUUAAGGCACAAGUAGUGGAGGCCGGCUUGCCCGGUCUGGUGCAGUAUUCCCGUUUCGACAGGAGGUGGUGGAGGACAACAUUCGGCUUACCGUAA